CGCCAGCAGUCUCCGGGUCCGCCCGCUGGGGGCGCCCUCGUGCGCUUGCCUGGCCCGAGCUCUUUUGCAAUAUUUCCCGGGGAUGGGUGGCUGAGAGUCUCCCAGGCCGCGCUGGCGCUGCUGGUGGCAGAGGAGCAAGCGAGGAGGAGGAGGAAGAAGAAGCAAGAGGGAGAGAGGAGCAGCCAGCCAGCCAGCCAGGGUCACCAUCGGAUCAUCGGCUUCCCUCCUGUGCGGGGCUCCUGUCUAGCAGCAGCAGCAGCAGCAUCGCAAGAUGAACACCAUCAAGAACGUGCCUGCGCGGGUGCUGAGCCGCCGGAGCGGGCACAGCUUGGAGGCGGAGAGGGAGCAGUUUGACAAGAACCAGGCUAUGAGCAUUAGUAAAGCCAUCAACACCCUGGAAGCACCAGUGAAAGAAAAACAUGCCCGCCGAAUUAUCUUGGGAACUCAUCACGAGAAAGGAGCGUUUACUUUUUGGUCGUACGCAAUUGGUCUCCCCCUGCCUAGCAGCGCCAUCCUUAGCUGGAAGUUCUGCCACGUUCUCCACAAGGUUCUCCGCGACGGACAUCCAAAUGUUCUCCAAGACUGUCAGAGGUAUCGGAGCAACAUUCGAGAAACCGGGGACCUGUGGGGCCACUUGCAUGAUCGUUAUGGGCAGCUCGUAAAUAUUUACACCAAACUUUUGCUCACCAAAAUCUCCUUCCACCUCAAGCAUCCCGAAUUCCCCCCAGGCCUAGAAGUGACUGACGAGGUGCUCGAAAAAGCUGCGGGGACAGAUGUGAAUAACAUCUUUCAGCUCACGGUCGAGAUGUUUGAUUACAUGGAUUGUGAACUCAAACUGUCAGAGUCAGUUUUCCGUCAGCUCAACACCUCCAUGGCUGUCUCCCAGAUGUCAGCAGUUCAGUGCCGGCUGGCCCCCCUCAUUCAGGUCAUCCAGGACUGCAGCCACCUCUAUCACUACACCGUCAAGCUGAUGUUCAAGCUCCAUUCAUGCCUGCCGGCUGAUACCCUGGAAGGACAUCGGGAGCGGUUCCACGAGCAGUUCCGCAGCCUCAAAAGCUUUUUCAAAAGAGCUUCAGACAUGCUGUACUUCAAGCGUCUCAUCCAGAUCCCCCGGCUCCCUGAGAACCCCCCGAACUUUCUGCGGGCGUCAGCUCUGGAGGAGCACGUGAAGCCCGUAGUCGUGAUCCCAGAGGAGGCCCCGGAAGAUGAAGAGCCCGAGAAUUUGAUUGAGAUCAGCACGGCUCCUCCUGUGGAGCAACCGGUUGUUUCUGAUAUAUUUGAGCAGACGUUUGGGCCUCCCAACGGUAUAAGAGAUGACAGGGACCUUCAAAUUGAGAACCUGAAGAAAGAAAUUGAUCUGCUUAGAGCCGAGCUGGAUAAGAUUAAGCUAGAGGCUCAAAGGUACAUCACUCAGCUGAAGGCCCAGAUCAACAGCCUGGAGGCCGAGGUGGAAGAGCAGCGGAAGCAGAAACAGAAGGCGCUGGUGGAUAACGCGCACCUCCAGGAUGAGCUGGAGAGGCUGCAGAAGGCCAAGAUGGAGGGAGACCGGAGCCGCGGGCUCUACUUGGAAGCCGAAAAGAAGGCCAGUGCCACAGAAGUCCGCUACAUCAAGUUGAAGGAGAAGCACAGUGAGCUGAUCAACACCCAUGCGGAGCUCCUGAGAAAGAACGCAGACACUGCCAAGCAGCUGACGGUCACCCAGCAAAGCCAAGAGCAAGUGGCCCUGGUCAAGGAGCAGUUGGCGUUCCAGAUGGAGCAAGUCAAACGGGAGUCCGAUAUGAAGUUAGAAGACCAGACUCUGCAGAUGGAGCAGGUGAAGAGAGAGCUGGAAGCCAAGAAAGAAGAGCUGGUUCAGCUCCAGCAGUCACUCAGCCACUCCAAGCAGGUUGGCUCUGGCCUCAACUCCCAACUGGAAGCCCUGAACGCUGAGAAGGACGUGCUGAGGAAAUCAGUCAGCGAGAAGGAGUGCGAGCUCAUUGCCACGCGGGGCCUGAUCCAGGAGAAGGAGCUGCUGUUGAACCAGGAAGCUGAGAAGAGGGCCAAGGAAGUCCAGGAGCUGCAAGGGAAACUUGCGGAGAAGAAAAGCCAGGAGCAGAACCUGCAGCAGAAGCUCCUGGAUGACCAGUUCAGCCUCCUGCAGGGGACGGUGAAAGAGGCGGAGGUCAUUCUCCAGGACGCCAUUGCCAAGCUGGACGAUCCCUUGCACAUCCGGUGCACCAGUUCACCAGAUUACCUCGUCAGCCGGGCACAGGCAGCUCUGGAGUCGGUGGCUUCUGUGGAGAGUGGCCACGAGCGCUACCUGGCAAACAUGGCAGAUGCCACGGGGCUGGUGAGCGCCUUGGCCCAGUUUGCCCACCUGACUGCAGACUCCAUCAUCAAUGGCAGUGCCACAUCCCACCUGGCGCCCACGGACCAUGCCGACAAAUUGACGGAAACCUGCAGAGACUGUGGGCAGCAGAGCCUCAACUUUCUAAACAAGCUGAAAGACAAACAGUCUCUGCGACAAGCAGAUCCGGCGGAAGUGAGGAGGACGCUCCAGGGGCUGCUUCAGCUGGGACAGGAACUGAGGCCUAAAAGUUUAGACAUCCGGCAAGAAGAGCUGGGCGACAUGGUUGACAAAGAGAUGGCUUCCACCUCUGCAGCCAUUGAAGAUGCAGUUCGGAGAAUAGAGGAAAUGAUGAACCAGGCCAGGAUAGAGAGCUCUGGUGUGAAACUGGAAGUAAACGAGAGGAUCUUGAUCUCCUGCACAGACCUGAUGAAGGCGAUCAGGCUUCUUGUGAUGACAUCAACGCAUUUGCAGAAGGAGAUUGUAGAAAGUGGACGGGGGGCAGCAACACCACGGGAAUUUUAUGCCAAGAACUCCCGUUGGACCGAGGGGCUGAUCUCUGCUUCCAAGGCCGUGGGAUGGGGAGCAACACAGCUUGUAGAGUCUGCAGACAAAGUUGUCCUCCACACGGGCAAAUACGAGGAGCUGAUUGUCUGCUCGCAUGAGAUUGCCGCCAGCACAGCUCAGCUCGUAGCUGCCUCCAAGGUGAAAGCAGAGAAGCACAGCAAGAAUUUGAGCAAGCUCCAGGAAUGCUCGCGCACCGUCAACGAAAUGGCUGCCAACGUUGUGGCGUCCACGAAGUCCGGGCAGGAGCAGGUCGAAGAUAAAGACACCAUGGACUUCUCUGGGAUGUCCUUAAUCAAACUCAAGAUGGAGGAGAUGGAGUCACAGGUGAAGGUGCUGGAAUUGGAGAAGACGCUGGAGAACGAGAGACUUCGUCUCGGUGAGCUUCGGAGGCAGCAUUACGCUCUGGCUGGCAUCUGUGACGACAGCAGUGAUGGCGGCAAACCAAACUUGGCCCGCAAACCGGGCAGCCUGAAGAAGCCCCCCGUGGCUCAGAAGCCAACCCACCCCCUGAAGCAGGCCCAAGAGCUGGCCCAAGAAGACGGUGUCUACCAAGCACAGGUUGUGAACUUCUAAGGCGGCGUUGACCCUGACCGGGACGCAAACCCAGGAAACCACCACCAGCAGGAAGAGGAGGGGGCCCCGCGGGAGUCAAACAUCACCCCACUUACUCCCUGCAACCUGAUGGAUCAGGUUUGCCUGCCUGUUGGUGGAGGGUUUUGUCCUCAGACACCACUUUUGCCUCUCAAAGGGAAGGGCGGAGGGUGGGGGCCAGGACCCCCCCCCCGAGGUGUGGACAUUCUGAAGCCAUGACAUGUCUGUGUUUUAAACAGAUGCCGAUGGAAAACUCCUCAAGUUGCCUUGUAUCUGGCAUUGCCUUUACUCUGAAAGGUCUCCUCCUCGGCCCUCUAGUAGUGGGACACAGGCUGCUUUCUUAAAGCAGUGUGAAUCUGUGAGGAGCGGGAGGGAGGGACCUCACCGUGCUGACCAUCAAGUCUUAUUUAUAAAGUUAUAGGGAUUUUGUUGGAGGGGGGGAAGUAAAUGUUGGUGCAUCUAUUACUGUAGUAGAGACUUCUCUAAAGAAAUGUGAAGUUUUGGGGUUUUUUUUAAAGUAGGCAGUUGGAUUUCUUUUUACAGUGUUCAUCCUGCAGGUUGAAAAAGAGUCUCUCUCAUGGGAUGAAAAUUCUCAAAGGAAGAACAUUUCUUUCGGAUUCUUAGUGUAUUAAAAGGACAGGAUUUAGACGCAGUGUAAAAGCAGGCUGUGAAGCCGCCUCUGCAACUGGGAUUUAACAACUUCUGAAAAAGGAAAAAAGUUUUUUCAAAUCCCAACCUAGAAUAAAAUGCACAACACCCCCUUCCCAGUGUGGCAAGAUUGAACUAGUUGUAGCAGUUACAUUAACAUUGGAGAGUAGAGGAGGUGCUUCUGAAGCUUACAGGAAAGGGAACGAGUUCCUCUCCGUGUUUGAAUAGGACCAUUUAAACAAAUUACCUGAAACGUGUUUGAUUUCAUCCUGUUCAUUUCCCGACAGUGACUAGAUUCAGGCAUAACAAGAAACCAUCGUUCAGAAUCCACACCUCGCUUUGAGCUUCCAGAUGUACAGCAUUCAGACCAUGGUGGCUAGGAAUUAUGGGAAUUGUAACCCAAGAACUUUCAGGGACUCAUGUUUGAGAUCCUGUUUCAGUGUUACCUUGUCUGUUUCUUUCCCAUCUGCUCAGGACUCCAUACGUGUCUAUGGUGCAAUAUCCCUAACUGUGGUUUGGUAGUGGGUCGAAUUCAGACCCAACAGGAAGCCGUGAGUGGCACAAACCAGCUUCAAACAAUGGUUUCAAAUCAUGUCUGAACCAGCCACUUGCAUUUCUUAAAACUUUGUUGGUUCUUGUUGCAGCUAUGAAGUAGCAGCUGCCUGUUGGACACUACUUCCAAAGGGGCAAGAAGCCAGGGUAAAGGCUGCAGGUAGUGUCAGUGUGUGGGUCUCUCCUCCCUCUUAAUGGAGCAACCAGGGUUCUGCACAGGAAAUGCCUGUUUGUGGGAGAAGAGCAUCCUGAAAGCUGAUCCUAAGCAUGCUUACAAGCCCUUACUUCCUGUUCAAGUUUAGGAUUGUAGCCAGUAGAGAUGUACCCAAACCACGAUUCAAAGCACGGUUUGAGCACUUUUCGGGCAAUUAGAAAGGGAACUUCAAGAUAAAGGAAUGGACACCACGUGCAUGCUAAUGGGGAUUUUGGGGUCACAUGUAAGCACAUGUUCUUUUUCCCCCUUCCUAAUGUCCCUAAAAGUGCUCAAUGUGCUUUGAACCACAUCUUGGGCACGCAUGCCUAGUAGCUGGAACAAAAUUACUGUUCCUGGAAGUGAACAGAAGCCAGCAGGUAGGUCCAGAACUAAACGAGGGAGUCUGAUCUCAAAAGAGUAGCAGCCACUUUUUCUCUCUCUCAUUUGUUUUCAGCUAUCGGAUGAAAAAAUAAGUCUGUCUUAAUUUGUUACAUUUUUGGAUAGCAAGGAAGUGAUUUCUGGUAUUCCUGUACAUAAGCAAUAAAAGUGUCAAGUGGU